AAAGAGGUGGUGCUUUUGGAAUAUUUUACCUAGCUUACUGGUUUGCAAAUUUUAUUGGAACAAUGAAUGGUGGUUACAUCAUACAGUAUCUUAACUGGCGAUGGAUAUUUUAUAUUUUAUCAAUUUAUGGCAGUUUUAUGUUGCUUUUAAUCAUAUUUUUUAUUCCUGAAACUUUUUGUCAUGCCUCGACUCCUCAAUUUAAAUCGAAUGGUUCUCUAUCUAAAAGUAAUUUUAAUCCAUUUGUUCCAUUAAAGUUAUUAGUAUAUCCAAAUGUCAUACUCUUAGUUAUAUAUAUUAGCAUAAUAUCUUCGAUAAUGAUAAUUCAAAAUAUUAGUGUUCCACAAAAUUUUUCCGCAAGAACUUAUAAUCUACAAUCAUCAAGCAUUGGAUUAUUAUUUCUUGCACCUGCAGUGGGAUAUGCUAUUGGAAGUAUUGUCGGAGGGAAAUAUUCGGAUUUUAUGUUGCAAAAAGCAAGUAAAAAUGGUGAAAUUAUUUGUCCUGAAAUAAGAAUUAAAAGCGUAACAGUCGGUGCUUUAUUAGUUCCAAGUUCAUAUCUUGCUUACGGAUGGUUAUUAGAAAAUAAUUAUAAUAUAUAUGUUUUAAUGACUUUAUGGUUCCUUGGUGCAUUUGGAACAUUAAUUAUCUAUAAUUCAUUAUCAACUUAUCUUAUUGACGUGUGUCCGGGUUAUAGUGCUUCAGCAAUAGCAUUGAAUAAUUGCAUAAGACUAAUGAUUGCUGGUGUUAUGGCGAUUGUUGGAUCUUUAAUGGAAGAUGCCUUAGGAACUG